AAUCUAGAAGCACCUAGAAGCCCCCCAUCCCCUCCCCUACCCUUCCUUAUAAAACGACUUUCCCAUCACCCUCCCCUCCACGCAUAACCAUCGAUCUAAGAAAAAACUUCGUCUUCUGUGUCUCUCUGCUUUGAUUCAAUUGAAUCUCUCUCUAACCAACUGAGCUAUAGCAAUGGCGGAGGCGGAGACGUUCGCGUUCCAGGCGGAGAUCAACCAGCUGCUGAGCCUCAUCAUCAACACCUUCUACUCCAACAAGGAGAUCUUCCUCCGCGAGCUCAUCAGCAAUGCUUCUGAUGCGCUGGACAAGAUCAGGUAUGAGAGCUUGACGGACAAGAGCAAGCUGGAUGGGCAGCCGGAGCUGUUCAUCCGGCUGGUGCCCGACAAGGCUGCCAAUACGCUCUCCAUCAUCGACAGCGGCAUCGGCAUGACGAAGGCCGACCUGGUGAACAAUUUGGGCACAAUCGCAAGAUCCGGGACGAAGGACUUCAUGGAGGCGCUGCAGGCCGGGGCGGAUGUUAGCAUGAUCGGCCAAUUCGGUGUCGGUUUCUAUUCCGCAUACCUUGUCGCCGAGAAGGUCGUUGUGACCAGCAAGCACAACGACGACGAGCAGUACGUUUGGGAAUCCCAGGCCGGCGGUUCCUUCACGGUCACCCGCGAUGUGAGCGGCGAGCAGCUGGGCAGGGGUACCAAAAUCACCCUCUACCUCAAGGAAGAUCAGCUCGAAUACUUGGAGGAGAGGAGGAUCAAGGACUUGGUGAAGAAGCACUCGGAAUUCAUCAGCUAUCCCAUCUAUCUCUGGACCGAGAAGACGACCGAGAAGGAGAUUAGCGACGACGAGGAUGAGGAGACCAAGAAAGAAGAGGAAGGCGACGUCGAAGAUGUCGACGAGGAGAAGGAGAAGAAGUCGAAGAAGAAGAAGGUGAAGGAGGUGUCGCACGAGUGGCAGCUGAUCAACAAGCAGAAGCCCAUCUGGCUCCGCAAGCCCGAGGAGAUCACCAAGGAGGAGUACGCCUCCUUCUACAAGAGCCUCACCAACGAUUGGGAGGACCAUUUAGCCGUAAAGCACUUCUCGGUCGAGGGCCAGCUUGAGUUCAAGGCCAUCCUCUUUGUGCCGCGGCGGGCCCCCUUCGACCUCUUCGACACGAGGAAGAAGUUGAACAACAUUAAGCUCUACGUGCGGAGGGUCUUCAUCAUGGACAACUGCGAGGAGCUCAUUCCGGAGUAUCUUGGGUUCGUGAAGGGUGUCGUCGAUUCCGACGAUCUUCCCCUCAACAUUUCCCGCGAGAUGCUUCAGCAGAACAAGAUUCUUAAAGUGAUCAGGAAGAACCUGGUGAAGAAGUGCAUCGAAAUGUUCACCGAGAUUGCCGAGAACAAAGAAGACUACAACAAGUUCUACGAGGCCUUCUCAAAGAACCUUAAGUUGGGCAUUCACGAGGACAGCCAGAACAGGGUGAAGCUCGCGGAUCUUCUCCGAUACCACUCCACCAAGAGCGGCGAUGAGAUGACCAGCCUCAAGGACUACGUCACGAGGAUGAAAGAGGGGCAGAAGGACAUAUACUACAUAACCGGAGAGAGUAAGAAGGCGGUGGAGAACUCUCCUUUCCUUGAGAAGCUGAAGAAGAAGGGCUACGAAGUCCUCUUCAUGGUUGAUGCUAUCGACGAGUACGCAAUCGGGCAGCUGAAGGAGUAUGAUGGCAAGAAGCUAGUGUCGGCAACAAAGGAGGGUCUCAAGCUCGACGAAAGCGAGGAGGAGAAGAAGAAAAAGGAGGAGAAGAAGGCUGCGUUCGAGAGUCUCUGCAAGACCAUGAAGGACAUUUUGGGCGACAGGGUCGAGAAGGUGAUGGUCUCGGACCGCAUCGUGGACUCCCCUUGCUGUUUGGUCACAGGCGAGUACGGAUGGACGGCCAACAUGGAGAGAAUCAUGAAAGCUCAGGCGCUGAGGGACAGCAGCAUGAGCUCGUACAUGUCGAGCAAGAAGACGAUGGAGAUCAACCCGGAGAACGGGAUCAUGGAGGAGCUGAGGAAGAGGGCGGAGGCCGACAAGAACGACAAGUCGGUGAAAGAUUUGGUGCUCCUGCUCUUUGAAACGGCGCUGCUCACAUCCGGGUUCAGUUUGGACGAUCCGAACACCUUUGCGGGCAGGAUCCAUAGGAUGCUGAAGCUGGGUCUCAACAUUGAUGAGGAGGAUGCUGGUGCGGACGACACCGAUAUGCCAGCGCUGGAGGAUGACGGCAACGAGGAGAGCAAGAUGGAGGAAGUGGAUUAAACGCUGCGGAGGAACAGAAAACAGUUUGAUUGGUGAAUAGUCUCUUACAGAUUAUAUGUUUCUGCAUUGUCUUUCUGUCAAUCUCUCAUCUGUUUGUUGAUCUUCAGCGUCAUUGAUUGUGUACUUAUGGUCUGUCGUAUAGUGGCGGGUUUUGGUCUGAUGGUUUUGGUUGAAUAUGUAGUGGAAACUUAACAAUUCUCUCUGGGCUUUGUGUAGUAAAAUUGCACAAUGUUCUGCAUUUAACACUU